CUCGUGAUAUCAAAACAGAAAACAUGUGCAGCUUGUGUCGGCAGUUUGUUGUCCGCAAUCGUUAGAUCGUUUAAUUUAGAAAACUGCACACGCUACGUACGUUCUUGGCUCGUUAUAUUACUUCUAUAACAUGGUCUCGCGAAAAAAUGAGUACACUUGCGUCCACAAACCAGAUCUAGCGCCGUAUUCUGCACGAAUCGUUUCAAUAUCAUGGGUUAUAAACGGUUAUAAACGCAAUGUCUAUGAUUUUUAAAUCUCCUUUGGUGUUGUCAGGCUGCCCAACAGUAUGUGCGCAACACUACACGACUACUUCCUGAAUCGAGCUGACUGUAUCAGUUCGUCCGCGUGAUUUUAAGAUCAGCAUAUGUAUGCACUGCAUGGCACGAAACUUGAUACAAAGCAGCUCUGUUGUUGACCUAAAACUCGGAAGACUGAAUGGCAGAGGAGGCACUUGCGAAUACUGUUAACAGCGUGGUCCCAGGUGAUGAAGGGAAAGCGAAGUUUAAGAAAUGUGACCAGAUUGCGUUUUACAGGCGGCAGAAGCAGGGAAAUGUGACACAGUAUCUCCCCCUGCUGGACACUUUGGUGAUAACAGAGAAAGGAGCACAGCUCAAGCUUCAAGACCCAGACGCCCAGGUGAAACUGCUUCUCCAGGUGUGUGCCAUCAAUGAUGGAACAGUUAGGGUUACUAUUGAUGAACUCAACCCAAUUAGAGAACGCUACAAGGUUCCAGAUGUUCUGAGUGGACAGCCUGUCUGUGAGCGGUUAAAAGUGGUCGGGAGGGAAAAGGGCUCCCUGACUCUGGGCUGGGGUUCGGGUCAGUACCAGUUCCGGGUCAGCGACAGUCCCUUUCUGCUGGAGGUGUUGUGUGAGGAUGAGGUGACCGUCACACUCAACCCAAAUGGUCGGCUGUACUUUGAGACACUCCAGAAUCCACCCAAGCCUAGCCUGUCCACAGAGCCAAAUGAGCAGGACGGGGACCACAUGGGAUUGUGGAAGGAGACCUUUAAACAGUUUGUGGACAUCAAGGCAAAUGGUCCGAGCUCGGUUGGCCUGGACUUCACCCUCCACGGCUUCUCCCAUGUGUAUGGUCUCCCGGAGCACGCAGACACCUUCCAGCUGAAGGACACCAGGGAUGGCGAAGCCUACCGCCUGUACAACCUGGACGUGUUUGGCUAUGACAUCCACAGCCAGUUGGGUCUGUACGGUUCGGUUCCGCUCCUUCUGGCCCACAAGCCCAAAAGAAGCAUCGGGGUUUUCUGGCUCAACGCGUCCGAGACCCUGCUGGACAUCCGGACCUCUGGGGACGGUCCCCCGGCCACAGGGGAGGGGGCCAGCCCACCUCCAGUGAAGAAGAGGAGGGUGUCUGCCCACACUGACCUGCACUGGAUGUCAGAGAGUGGUGUGAUUGACACCUUCAUCUUGCUAGGCCCCUCCCCAUCCCAGGCCUUCUGUCAGUAUGCAGAACUAACAGGAUACCAGGCCAUGCCCCCCUUGUUCUCCCUGGGUUACCACCAGUGCCGCUGGAACUACAUGGACGAAGCCGACGUGGAGGAAGUGGACGCUGGGUUUGACCUCCACUCCAUCCCUUAUGAUGUCAUCUGGCUGGACAUCGAGCACACGGACGGGAAGCGCUACUUCACCUGGGACCCAAAGCGCUUCCCGGACCCCGUGAGCCUACAGCACCACCUAGAGGAGAGAAACAGAAAACUGGUGGUCAUCAGCGACCCUCACUUCAAGAUGGACGCCCUCUGGCCCCUGUACUGCGAGGCCAGGCAGGGCGGCCAUUUUGUGAAGGACAGAACGGGAGAGCUGUACCAGGGGUCCUGCUGGCCAGGUGAUUCCUGUUAUGUGGACUUUAGCAAUCCUAAGACCCGGGCAUGGUAUUCCAGCCUGUUUGCUCUGGAUAAGUACAAGGGCUCCACGCAAUUUCUGUUUGUGUGGAACGACAUGAACGAGCCGUCCGUGUUCAACGGGCCCGAGCAGACCAUGCCCAAAGACGCAGUGCAUGCUGGGGGCUGGGAGCACCGGGAGUUACACAACCUGUACGGAUUCUAUCAGCACUUGGCCACAGUGGAGGGUCUGCUGGCGCGGUCUGGGGGCACGGAGAGGCCCUUUGUCCUGUCACGCUCCUUCUUCGCUGGGUCCCAGAGGCUGGGUGCGGUGUGGACGGGCGACAAUCUGGCAACCUGGGAGUACCUGAAGAUUUCCAUCCCCAUGCUCCUGUCCCUGAGCAUCACGGGCGUGGCCUUCUGUGGAGCGGACGUGGGCGGGUUUUUCCAGGACCCGGAGCCGGAGCUGCUGGUGCGCUGGUACCAGGCGGGGGCGCUGCAGCCCUUCUUCCGCGGCCACUCCGCCAUACAGACCAAGCGGCGGGAGCCCUGGCUGUUCGGGGACGCCGUCACCGCGGCGAUACGCUCUGCCGUCCGGCAGCGGUACCGCCUGCUGCCCUACUGGUACACGCUGUUCUACCACGCCCACACCACGGCUCAGCCCCUGCUCAGGCCGCUGUGGGUGGAGUUCCCCAGGGAGCAGUGCACCUUUGCCGUGGAGCACCAGUACAUGAUAGGAAGUGCUUUGCUGGCAUGUCCAGUGACUGACCCUGGAGUCACAGAGGUCAAGGUUUUACUUCCGGGAACUGGUGAGAGCUGGUAUGAUGUGAGCACUGCUCAGGUCUUCAGAGGUGGCAGGACUGUGAGCUUCCCUGUGACUCUGGACACUGUCCCCCUGUUUCAGCGUGGGGGCACGGUGGUCAGCCGGAGGACGGAGUCUGGAUCCUGCACAGCCGACCUGCAGAAGCUCCCCUUCACUCUCACUGUCGCCCUGGACUCCAAGGGCUGUGCAGAGGGGGACCUGUACCUGGAUGACGGAUACUCCUUCAACUUCCGGGACAGGAAGCAGUUUUCUCUGCGCCGUUUUUCCCUGGACCGGGGUCGUCUGCUGAAUCGCUGCGCAGACGACAGGGGGAAGUAUGAUGCAGAGUGCUCUGUGCAGUCCGUCCGCUUCCUGGGGGUGAAGAAGAAGCCGUCUGCAGUGACUGCGCAGAUCUCAGGUCUCCUGAAGGAUUGCACUGAGGUCCAGUACCAAGCAGCAAGCCACAUGCUGACAGUGGGGGGCCUGGAUCUGGAUGUAGGAAAGGACUGGGAAAUUAGGAUCCUCUAGAAACUCAUUUUCCCAGCAUGCACUGCACACAAUGCAACAUGCACUGUGUAUUGUUCUGGAAUCCAGCCGACACAAAACCUUCUCACAAUGUUGCUGCAAUGUAGUGGCAAUGUGAUAACAUUGACAAAACAAUCCAAUAACAUUGUGAGCACAUUUUGAAACCGCUAAAGUUUGUUAAAUUUAAAAGUGUUAUUUUCAUUGUGCGUGAUUUCAUCCUUUAAGAAGCAAGGGCAAAGAUUUCUCAAUGACUCUGAAUUCUUACAGUCCAUCAUACGUAGUAAUCUGUAAGAAGAUGACCUUUAGAGCAGUGAUGUGCUGUUGAAAACAAAUUUUAGUUUUUUUAAAAAAGGUUUCGAUGUAAAAUAUUCACCCAAGAGUGCACGUGGAUUGGCUGCAGUUUAAGCUAAAACGUUCUUAACUCAUUUAAUGGUGGCUGUUACCAGUCCAACGCACUGGCGGUCACAAUAAAGAGAAUGUCCUGCAGGCUACAGUCACGGAAGACACUCUCGUCUUUCUAGAGGAGGAUGAUGAUAAUGAUGAUGAUGAUGGUGUUACAGUCUUAUUUCAGAUAGUUUGCCUUCUAUUUUGAGUGCAGAUUUGCACAUGAUGUCUAUUUCCGGAAAAUGUAAAAAUUAUCUAAAACUCCAAAUGCCCACCAGUACUGCCAGAACAGGUAUGGCAGAGAAUAAAUUAUGUACGUCUCUGUUCA